CUGAGCUUCGGUAAAUGACGGGAUCCUAGUUCUGCAAAGCAGAACCAAGAUCGAGCCUCUGCAUGCCGAAGGUAAUAAAUGCCACUGUUGAGGAGCUGGAAGCUGCUCGGUCUGAGUUGAAGGGGCUGAUCGCAAAGCUCAACAAAGGAAAGGCCGACAAGGAAGAAGUGCAGCCUCCAGCCACACGAGUCCAGAACAAUGUUGAUGAUUUGACUGAAAUUGUGAAUAAGAAUGCCAAAGUUGCUGAGGAGGCAGUUGACAAGUUUCGUCAAGAAACAAAGGAGUAUUGCGACGGGAGUCUGAGUAAGCUGAAGACUGAGGUCUUGUCUACUCUCGCCGAAGAGGAAGAAGCACGAACUUCUGGUCAGACUCAGCUGGAGGCCCAGAUUCAGCAGCUUGACGUGGACGUCCGCAAUGCCUUUGCGGAUGAGCUCACGUCUCUUUGCGUCAAGAUUGAGGAAGAGUUUGCCACACUUCGGCAGGACUUGACCGACCUUAUUGAGAGAAAGGCAGCAGAAGCUGCAGAACACACCACCAAGGUUCAGAAUGAGCUAUCUGCGGAGCUGGCAGAUUUGCGCAAGCAGGCUGCAGACCGCGAUGCGGAGUCGCGGAUGCUCUUUGGAGAGAAGCUCAAAGCGCAACAAGACGCCAUGGACGAGGCACACAGGCGGAUGAAUGCCACCGCUGACGAGGACCGAAGUAAUGUGAAGGCCGCGGUUGUGCGUAUCCAUGAGAUGUUGGAAGAGACUCGGAAUACAGCAGCAAGCCACACACAAACCUCGAAAGCAGAGGUUUCGCAAGCUUUGCUGGAACUUAAGACAGAGUCUUGGAACAAGUUCUCAGAAGUGGAUCAGCGCAACGAUCGACACCAGGACUUCUUAAAGAUGUUGGACCAGGUUCUUGCUCGGAGGGUGGAGUGGCUACUGCAUGAGGCUUCUUCUUUGGUGCCACAAAGUGAAGAUCUAGAACUUCCUGGCACUCCCACGCUGCAAUACAAGAGCUACUUUUCGCCCAAAUUCAGUGCUGCAGGCUGCAGAGCCUUGCAACUGGAGCUUCGAGUGCUGAAGGGAAAUUCCAAUCGCUCGCCAGGUCCCGGCCUUGAUAAUUGCAGCCUACACCUUUGGUGCCCGGCAAACACCCAAAUGAAUGUGCGUUUCUACGCUGGCGAGAAGUGGGUGACCAUGGAGAAGGCACAAAACAUUGACGGUCCCAUCGGUGCCAAGCGCAUGGGCCUCCUGCAGGACCACAUCAACUUAGAAGAUGACACACUUCGGGUUGGAAUCGAAAUCCUCGAGACCAUCCAAGAAGUUGGGCAAGAGGACAUAACAAAGGCGAUUCAGUCGGAGGAGCCAGGCAUUGCCUGCGACGAAGAGUCAUUGUAUGGGGCCAGUGAGCUCCUCUUCCAUCGUCACAUCAAUCACCGGGUCUUAUCGCAGGUGCGAAAGGAGGUAGACAAGAUGCAAUGCAAGAUGGUAAAGCGAGUAGAAUGGCUACUUACAGAAGCGGACCAAUUGGAGAGGCAGUUCCCGCACGAUCAUCCAAUAUGCAGUCCGGUUUUCUCUGCGGGAGGUGUGGACGGCAUGCAGUUUAUUUUCUAUCCACUGGGAUAUCGAGACUCGACAGAGGGCUUUUGUUCCUUCUUUCUGUACUGUCCCUCGGGGGUGAACAUCAAGUGCAACUUGAACGCGGGCAGCCAAAAACGGGAUGCCAGUAACAACUUCCAUGAAGCCGGUGCAUUUGGUCGCUGCAAUUUCUGUCGACUCGACAGCGCCAUUGAUUCGGAUACGAACACAGCGCUUUUGUGGCUCGAGGUGGAAGAGUUGAUACAGGAGAGCAAGAAAACCCUGGAAGAUGAAAAGAGGAAAGGGAAAAAACCUGCUGCGUUGGAGCUUGAGAGCGCAGCUCCUGGCCCUGCUGGCAGUGUGAAGCUGGUUCGAAUAGCCAACACUGACUAUUUGACGGAGGUGAGAAGAUUGCCUUCAAUGUGGACAGACCAAAAGCUUGGUGACUUCGUCAAGAAACCGGAUGGUUUUCGUCACUUCAAAGACCUGGUUGGCAGACAAAAGCCUCAAGGGAGUGGAAAAACAGUUGACAGCGCUGCUGGUGCUCAUGGGGGUGUGACUGGUCGAGGUGGUCCAAGCACGGUGCCAACUGCUCGUCAGCCAGACACUGUCCGAUCGGAGUCUAUGCCGGCUUUACGGUCCGACAGAGGUGUGGCUAUUGAUCUAACAGCAGGUCCCGACACAUUGCCUUUACUUUGCGGUCCUCAAGGUGAAUUUGGCAGCGACCAGGGCUAUGGCUCGCCACUGCUGUGGGCAGGAAAGUCGCGCAAGGCCAGAAGUUCUGCGAGCUUUCGGCAACGCUUCUGAGCUACAGUAGUCUCACCUUGUGUCACCAGCCACAGUGUCAUGAAUACCCUUUCGGGCCAGUGGUUUCUAAA